AAAAAAGAAAAUCACAAAUGCACUGGGAAAAACACGGACAGAGGGCUCUCCGGCAUCUACCCUUUGCUGCUUAACUAUCCCAGCAAUCCCUCCCUCACCCCCUCACAGUCUCACCCAAAACUUGAGCCAUGGAUUUGCUCUCACUCUCUUCCUCCACAGCAACCCUGCUCUUUUCCUCUCUAAGACCCACUCUCUCUCCCCACCAAAACCUAAAACCACCCACUUCACCUUUCCCCUUCCUUUGCAAACCCCUGACACCAUCUUCUCUAAAACUUUCACCUCUCAAAACCCCCCUUAAAUCCUCCCUAACCUCAACCCCAAUUCCCCAACUGGCCUCCCCUCAAACACCGGCCACCUCCAUGAGAGGGGCCGAGACGGACGCUAUGGGCCUCUUGUUGAGGGAAAGGAUUGUGUUUCUAGGGAACAAUAUCGAUGAUUUCGUGGCUGAUGCUAUUAUUAGUCAGUUGUUGCUUCUUGAUGCCCAGGAUCCUACUAAAGAUAUCCGUCUCUUCAUUAACUGUCCUGGAGGUUCUCUUAGUGCUUCAAUGGCUAUCUAUGACGUGGUGCAGCUUGUGAGGGCUGAUGUUUCCACAAUUGCCCUCGGCAUUUCAGCUUCAACAGCUUCUAUAAUUCUUGGAGGUGGAACGAAAGGCAAACGUUUUGCAAUGCCCAACACACGGAUAAUGAUUCAUCAACCUCUUGGAGGAGCUAGUGGGCAAGCAAUAGAUGUGGAAAUUCAAGCACGAGAAAUUAUGCACAACAAGAAUAAUAUAAUUAGAAUUGUUUCAGGUUUCACUAGUCGCACGGUUGAGCAGGUGCAAAAGGAUAUGGAUAGAGAUCGUUACAUGUCUCCAAUUGAAGCAGUUGAAUAUGGAAUAAUUGAUGGAGUUAUUGACAGAGAUAGCAUCAUUCCUUUGGCUCCAGUGCCAGAAAGAGUGACACCGACCCUGAAUUAUGAGGACAUGCGUAAAGAUCCAAUGAAAUUCUUGAAUCCUGAUGUCCCUGAUGAUGAGAUAUACUAGCCCAGAGCAUCCUUUAAAGAUUUUUUCCUUUUGAAAUUCUCUUAGCCAGGUAUACAUCACGGUUUGGAGUUGACGGAUUGUCCAUGCAUUUGAAUGGUAACCUGCGGGAGUUGACGGAUUGUCCAUGCAUUUGAAUGGUAACCUGCGGGAGUUGAAACAGUUUUUCUUGCUUUGCUGACCAGCCUGGACCACAUCAAAUUCAGUGGAUUGAUACUACGACGUUAAGCUGUUUCCAUAUCUUGUUUGUUACUUCAAUAAAUUCUCCAUUAAAAGAGAAUUGUUUGAUUAUCAUCCUCAUUUUGUACCUCACUUAUGAAUACUAUUGCAACUGAUUGAGCUUUAAAAUGUUGGCACUGA